AUGGCGGAUUCUUCGCUGGCAGUGCAGCCUGUGCACGCCAGCAGCGCCAGUUCUGCAGCACGCCUCUCCUCUAUAGGUCGAAGGUCAUAUGUGUCUAUACGGGGCCUGGAGGCAGUGCUUGCAGAUGUGAAGCAGUUGGGCGAGCUCCCUGACAGUGUAUCUCGCAGGACCAUCAAAAGGCGUAGGGAUGAGCAGCUGGCGGAAUGCAGCACCGAGUUCGGACCUUUGAUGCAGUUCAUGGAUGUGCCUGAGGAGGACAAGCCCGGAGAAGUUGUCAAGGUGCCCAUCCUCCCUCCAGCAGCUUGGUUGGCGUCUGCGACGUAUCAGUGCGCUGGGUGGAGGUCCUUCUUUCAGGCACGGCUCCAAGCCAGCCCAUGCAGCCAUACGGCGCCGUGGAAGAUAGUGGUCUAUGCUGAUGAAGUGAGCCCGGGGAACCAGCUCAAACACUGCAACGCUCGCCUGUAUUUGAGAACAUAUGGCACCUUGGUCUUUGCCGACAUCGGUGUCCUUGUUGCAGACGAAGCGGCCAUCAAGCAGGCCCUGGAAAACAAAGGCGCCUCAGGGACAGUUCUUUGUUGCCACUGCUCCAACGUCAUCGACUUCAAGAGCCAGCUUCAGUGGCAUGACCGGUCCGGCGAGUUGGUGAGCUCUUUGAGCACUGAUGUGAGGUCAUGGCGCCUUCACACAGAGAACAGUGUGAAGCAACUCAUUGCUUUUUUGCAGGAGCAGCGCUCAGUUCUGAACCUCGGGCAGUUUGCCAAGUUGGAGCAGUCUCUCGGCUUCAACUUCCGACCUCACGGCCUGCUGGCACAGCCAGAAUGGGGCCCAAAGUUUGUGGAGAGAACAAUGUUCGAUUGGAUGCAUGUGUACUUGGUACAUGGCGUGGCCAACGUGCAAUGUGGCCUGGUGGUCGGCGUUUUGGCACGACAUGGCUUCAGCAUCAAGCACAUGCGCGAAUUUGCGCAAGGUUUCAACUGGCCAGCUCGGCUUCGAGGAGCAGCGCCCAAGACUGUGCUCGACAAACGGGGCGCCAGCGAGCCCAUCAAGUGUAGCGCCAGUGAGCUGCUGAACUUUGUACAACUGCUGAGAGACAUCGUUUACCGGCAGUUCGAUGUUAUGAAGUCUCCUGCAGAAAUGCCUGGUUCCGCUGUGUCUCUGGUCAAUGCCAGGGCGGCCCCAAAGCGGCUUGCCAACGUGGUCAGGCAAAGCUUGGGCGCUCUCGAGGACGCCGUGGUUGAAUCAGCAGCGGACGCAAUCCACGCAGGAGGGUAUACUGUGGCCAGAGGCGAUAUAGCUUCGAUCCAGCUAUAUCAUGCUGCCCAGGUGGAGAAGCGCGUCGGCCGUAUAGAAUUCCAUGCUGCCGUGGGGCAGGUCACAUGGUCAUGCGUGCACCUUUGA